AGAGAGAGAGAGAGAGAUCCGGAAUGAAUGCAUCCAGCAGGGAUGAAUGAAUGAAUGAAUGUCAGUUUAGAAGAACCUCCUUUGAAUGUGUGUUUGUGAAAAAAGCAAUGUCCAAGAUGCCUGGCCCUGGCCACAUGACCCCUACCCCCGGUGUUAGCCCAGAGCAUUCCAGAGAAGUCUGUACCUGAGGUUCUAGAACUUCACACCAGCCUCUAGUCUCAGAACAGGAAGCACGACUAUUGGACCCGUUUCCAGGAGGGAAUGCAGAGAGCAUGAGCCCUCCCUGGGCUGGGGGCCCAGACUGGGUGGUGCAGCCACAGCUGCCUGAAGUUUCGAGGAAGAGGGCGGAAACAGCCGCGGCACCGCCCUCCCAGGCGCUGCGGGCUCCUGGGGCUCCUGCGGUCGGCUGGUCACAGCGGUCCCGUGACUUCCUCACUUCCCUAAAUGGGCAACUUCACUUUGAGAAGCCCAGGUUCUCCCCUGGCUGACCCCAGGGGUCCAUCCUGCACCGGCCGGGGGCCCUGACCUUGGGCCCCAGGUGUCGGCCCCUCUGGCCUGUGACUGUCCGCAGCUGGAUGGAGCCAUGGCUCCCACGCUGCUCCUGCUGCUGCUGCUGCUGUGGCUCCAGGGCUGUGUCUCAGGUGUCCCCGCUGAGAGCGUGUACUCCAAAGUGCAGCAUUUUGAAGGGGAGACUCUGUCUGUGCAGUGCUCCUACAAGAACCGCAAAAAACACGUGGAAGGCAAGGUUUGGUGCAAAAUCAGGAGGAAGAAGUGUGAGCCUGGAUUUACCCGGGUCUGGGCACCGGGGCCGCGCUACCUGCUACAGGACGAUGCCCAGGCCAAGGUGGUCAACAUCACCAUGGUGGCCCUCAGGCGCCAGGACUCGGGCCGGUACUGGUGCAUGCGCAACAGCUCCGGGAUCCUCUACCCUCUGAUGGGCUUCCAGCUGGAAGUGUCUCCAGUCCCCACAGCCGAGAGAAGCACUCCUCUCACCCAGCUGGCCGGCAUCCUCAAGAGUGGCGUUGUCGUCACGACGGGCCACGCCCCGACCUCAGGCCCGGGGGCCGCCUUCACCACCAGCGUGACGAUGCUCACGCCCGGGGUCCUCACCUUGGCCAGACUCGUGCCCUCCCCGGCCUCGGGGACCAUCAGGCUGAGCUCCGUGACAGGCUACAGCUUCACCAGCCCCUCCACCCCGGGGCCCACGAGGAACAAGGCCCAGACGGUGACCGUGUCUCCCAGCAACGCCAGAGCCUCCUCGGCGGCCCCCGCAUCCGUCUCCACCGAGGCCGGGCCACUGCGCACCACAUCGCCCACCAUGAGAACCUGCCGCACCAGCAGGUCGCUCCUCAACAAAUUAUCGCCCAUCAGGCCCCGGGAUGCUAACCCCACUGUGCUGGCGGGGGUGCUGUCCUUGCUCUCGGUGCCUGUGAUGAUGAUCGCGGUCUAUGGCUUCUGGAAGAAGAGACACGUGGGCAGCUACAGCAUCUGCAGGAGCCCUGCCAGGUCCUGGAGGGCCCCCCCUGGAAGGCCGGAGCCUCCGUGGAAGCCUGCGUGGUUUAAGGCCACUUACGGAGUGGGGGAGCUCUUCCCCGAGGGACCCCAGGAGGUCACAGAAGUGAAGAUGGGGACCUGUCUGGAUUGGAGCCAGGUUGAGGGGUGAGGACUUGUACAUGGAUGGGCUCAGGCCUCCCUAACCUGAGGCUGCUCCUCACUCACCCAGUCCCUGGCUGCCAGGAGCCAGGGGAAGGGCCCCCAAGAGGGUACCUCGCAGGAGCCAGGAAGCCCCUGAUGGAAUCUGCUCAGAGCCCGGCCCCAGCUGCCUGGUGCUGUUUACAGACAAAGCCUCAGCUCCCACGGCCUCCAGACCCCUGCUGUCCAGUGGAG